CAAAUUACAAUCCAUUAACUCAAUAAUACUGGGAAUGAAACACCAGACUCAGAAAAGAAUGGCGGAAAAACUUGUGACAGCAAAAACAGAAGAAAAAGCAAAAGAAUUGGAAGAAGAAGCAAUGAAAGUGGAACUGAAAACCAAGGAGGAGAUGAAGCCCUGGGAGCAGCACUCUGCUGUGAUCACCAUUCCUCGUUUUGACUACAACGCCCCUCUUCUCUCCUCAGUCAUUCCCACUCCGGAUUCCUCAUCACCUGCCCCAUCAAGAGGGAGAAGAGUGCAACAAAAGAAGCCAUGUCAAUUCUUGAAAAGUUGCAAGUAUAGAAGACUUUUAUAUCCUGAUUGCUGAUUGAAACCUGAACAAUUCCAUGAGAACAGAAACAUCUGCGACCAAUCGAACUAUUGACUUCUAAAGAUGAGAAUCCCUCUGAAUCCUCCUAUGGAGAUAAGAGAAUUAUGUUUCAAAUAUAGAUAAUCUUUUCUUGCUGGCUAUUCUAUGUAAACUGUUUUCUUGCUGGUGGUGAUCUAUUGUCUUUCCUUACUUUUUUCUUUUCAUUAAUUUUUACAAAAUUUGAUUGACUUUUAGCACUUUUGAUCUUAGAAGAAUGCUUCUUUCUACAACUUUUUUGCUAACCCGGUUCUAUCUUGAUAGCUGUAUUAGUUUAUGAAAUCUUGGUUAAAAAAGUGACAAUUAGCACAAGGAUAAUCAGAAAUUGAUUGUACAAUAGAUGGUCUAGGGGCAGAAUACUCGAGUUUGGGAGCAAUUCUGACAUAAUUGUUUGAUAUGAUUGUUAGCAGAGAAAUUGCGGUUUAAUGAAAUGUAAUUCUUGAAGACAAUAGCCUAUGGCUUUUAUAUACUUAUGCUACUGAACUUGUGCUACUGAACUUGGCUUUUAUAUACUUAUGCUACUGAACUUGUGCAGAAUCAGCAUGCAUGAUAUUUCUUCACCAUCUUUUUUUUUUGUUUAUAGAUUGUCUGAUUGAUUCAUCCAAUUUCAUUUUUCUGAACUAUCUCAAUGGGAAACCUGCUUGCAGAUAAUGCAAAUUAACAUGUUUAAGUCUGGUAUUUUAGUUUAUACACAUGCUCAUACAGAUAAUGCAAAUUAACAUGUAUGAUGACCUGCAAAUCUACAAAGAAAAUGAAGAGGGUGGGGAUUUGUCUGUAAGAACAGGUAAUGCGACUUGUAUGCAUGAAAAAAUAAGAACAAGUUUAUUAAAACAA